AUGCCUAGUAAAGAUCCAGAGAGCGUUAUAGACAAAGAAAUACGGAAGAUAUCAGCAAGAAAUGAUGAGCUUAUCAAACAGGAUGGGACUCUAAAAAGGGAAUACACUACAUUAUUGAGAAAAGUAUCGAGCGUGAUAACGGUACUGAACAGUAUUGAUGAUGCAGAUACUGGUUCUGCUGAAACGGAACUCCCACGCUUAAUAUCUCAAGCAACAGUAGAGAAAGUACCCGAAUUGAAGUGGUACAAUGAUCAGAUAUCACUGAUUACAGAAAAGUUGGAGGACGAUGAAGAUAUUGAGGUUCCCGAGGAGCUAAUGGAUGCUUAUACUCUGUACAAGGAAACCCCAUUAUUAUAUAAUGAUACGCACACACCAUAA